GCGAAAAUGCAAACGCAGACGCAGAUGUUCUUGACGAAGUUCCCCACCCCAAAAGUGCUAGGACAAAAGAAUCGUUGCAUUCGGAGGUAAUACAUUUGGCCACGAACAACAAUCCCGUAGUAUACAAGUAGUCAAGAUGUUCACUCAGCAUGCAGCCUUGUUAUCAAUUCGAGAUAACUGGAUCGAUUGCAACAAAUGGAAAACAAAGGACAACUUCAAAAUCUGUCUCUAAAUACCAUUGUAAAGCAAGAACGACCUUGGGGUUGCCAGAGCGUCAUGGUAUGCCAAUUGUAUGCAGUGGCAUGAGUCAUCAGAUGGGUUGGACCUUGAUAGACUCCCCGAGAGAUUGUGCUACAGUGACUUGUCUUCGAGAUCAGUAGACCCGCUGGUCUCCUAAUCUGCAAUCCAUACCCAGAGUAUGAAGCCAAAAUGAAAGGCGCUUGAAACAAUCACAGAUCCUCUUUCCCAAAUGGGAAGAU